AUGGAGUUGGAACUGGCAAGAGAUCAACUGAAAGCGGAGAUGGAGAAGAACUUUGAACUAAGCCGGAAAAUUGAGGAACUUUCGAAGCGACUCACAGGCAAAGAGGACGAACUUGCUCGAGCCAAUGCGAAAAUCGUCGAAACUCGUGUGAAUUAUCAGAAACUCGAGCAGCGGAAUAUUCGUCGUCAAGAAGAGCUGAAGAACGCCGUCGAGAGCUUGUGCAGAGAAAAAGCAGCUCAUCAGAACACGUUAAAUACGUUUCAAAACGUGCUUGAAGAUAUGGAGCAAGAGAAAAUGGAGUAUGAGAAAAAGUACAUCGCAUUAGAGGUGAGCAUGAGAGCAAUGAUUUUUAAAAACAUUACUAAAACCUAGCGGUUUCAGAAAAAUUUUGAAGGAAUUGUCGACACACAAAAAAAGCUUAUCAUGUGAACAUGAACAAUCAUUUACUUCAUUUCCUUUUUCUCAAUCUGAUUCUAUCCAGAAUCGGGAAGAAGGUUCCUUUUACAUCGAAAAGAAAAUAUUCACUGGUUUAUUGUUUGGAAUCUUCUGUGUGAGUUGAAAUUAAUGAGAAAUGUUGAGUGUUUGUUGCAAAAUCCAUGUAAAAUGGGGUUUCAUCAUUGUUGAACGCGUUUGAUUUUGAAGGAAAUAUCAUUUAAAUUGUACUCGAGUACCACAAACGUUUACAAACACGAAGAGCACUGAGGGACUCAUUUCAGAAAACUUUUUCGAACCAUGCUCAGUUGAAUGACGUAGCGAACACUAGUUUGUACUGAUUUCACGUCUCUCUACGGUACUUGUUUGUCAUUUUGUAACUUUGUGAUGACAAUAACUAGGAACGAGACGACUGUUACCACCCGUCCGCACUACUUUCCUUCUGGGGUGUUCAUGGAGACGAGAUGCCAGAUAAACUAAGGUAAUUUGAACGCGGCAAGUGCUAUUCAAGUGGUACUUCGAUUUGAAGGCUGACAAGACAUGCUUCCCCGGAGAAUACACCGAGCCCAAGAACACCAUCUGUUGCAUUUUGUUAGAGCCCACCUCCAUACCGCACAACUCUCUGUCCACUUCUUCCUAUUCUUGUUCUGUCAGUCAGACCGUCCGUCCGUCCAAACCUGUCCACUUGCAAACAUUUAUUUUCACUACAAUAGCUCAAAACAUCGGAAACAUGAGCAACUUGAAAGCCGAAAAUGAACGGAAGCGAUUUCAGAAAGUAAGUGUUCGAUCUCGAGUUCACAAUUAGGCUUGACAUUUUCUUGUUACAGGUAACUGAACAUUAUGGAAUAUUGCGAAAUAGACUUCCGUUGAUGAAGGAUGUGCCAGGAAAGCGACCCUGGACGAAAGUAUGUUUAAAAAAUGACUUUCGAAAUCACCUCUUUCUGUUGCAGAUAGGAGUUCUGCACGGAGCGAUUGAGUACAUUAAAACUCUGGAAGAUCAAAUCAAAAUGCAUGAUGAAGGAGAGAAAAUGGAACGUGAAUCGGAAAAUAGUGAUGAAGCUGCACCAACCAUGCCGGUUGAGAUGGAAAACGUGCAAGAUGUUGAGGACAAAGAAAAUGUGGAACGGGAAACAGAGUCAAUGUUGGGCGCCGAUCAAAUGAAAUACGAAGAAACUCGUGAAACACAGCAAGUAAGUUUUCGGGAUGAAAACCUUAGAAAAGUAUAAUUUGUUGAGAUGGCGGAUCAAUUCGGAACACUGAUCGAGCGAGUUCCAGUGCUAAAUGACGAAAAGUUCGGAAAGAGCGGUGCGAAACCGGUAAAAUUUAAAAGCGUUUUUGAGAAAUUUGUUCCGAUUUCAGAUCAGAGUCCUACGUGCAACAGUAGAGUAUAUCCAUACUCUCGAACAGCAGAUAAGAGAUCGUGAUGAGGAAGACUCGGAGUCUCAGUCCUCAACAUCCAAGUAUUUCACUAUCGCCAAUAUUCUGACUGAUUGA